AUGAAGUUCAUUUCUCUUUCUUCUUCUUCACAUUUUUACUUUCUCUUUUUUUCCUUCCCUCCCUCCCUCCUUUCUUUUCCUUCUUUCCUUCUCACUUUUUUCUUUUUCCGUCUUUCUCUUUGUUUCUUUUUCUCUUUCUUUCUUUCUCUCGUCAUUUUCUUUCUUUCCUUCCCACUUCUCUCUGCCUUGAAUCUUCGGGUUUUUCCUUUUUUCGUUCAUUCACUUUUUCCUUUUUUUUCAUUUGUAUUUCUUUUAAAAUUUUCUUUCAUAUCUUUUCUUAUUCCCGCCCCCUCUCUCUCUCACACUUAUUCCUUUCUCCAUGUCUUUAGUUUUUCUUGCUUUUCUUCCUUUCCUUAUACUCUUUCCUUCCUUCCUUCCUUCCUUCCUUCCUUCCUUCCUUCCUUCCUUCCUUCCUUCCUUCCUUCCUUUUACCUUUGUUUUCAUUUUAAAUUAUAUUUUUUAUACCACUUUGAUUUUUUCGUUCUUGUCUUAUUCUCAUCCGCGCUUUUUUCCUUCCUUCCUUCCUUCCUUCCUUCUUUCUCGUUCCAUCUUUAUCGCUGCUUCUUUCUUUCUUUUGUCAUUUUCUUUCUAUUAUUCUUUCUUUUUUUCUUUCUUUCUUUCAUCUUUUUCUUCUCUCUCGCUUUACUUCCUUGCUUCUUUAGGUUUUUUUAUUCUUUCGUUCUUACACUCUUUCUCUCUCUUUCAUUUGUAUCAAUCUUUCUAUCACUCUUUCGCACACUCGCUCUCUCUCUCUCUCUCUAUCACUCUCUUUCUCUAUCAUUCUUUCUCUCACUCUCUGCCUAUCACUCUCUCUAUCACUCUCUCUCUCUCACGCUAUAUCUCUCUCUAACACAUCCUCUAUCCUUCUUUCUAUCACUCUCUCGCCCGUUUUUUUUUCUCUCUCUCUCUCUCUCUCUCUAUCAUAGAUUUUCUAUUUUUUCACUUCAUAUUUUCUUUUUAGCGCGUACGAGUUUCUUUUUUAUUUUCUCUCUCACCCUCUCUCUCUCUCUCUCUCUCUACACGCACUCUACCUCUCUCUCCUACUCUAUCUCUCUCUUACUCACUUAUUCAAUCUUAAUUUCUCUCUUUCACCCUCUCACACUCACUCACUCACUCACUCUAUCUUACUCUAUCGCAUUCUCUCUCCUUUUCUCUCUCUCUGUCUCUUUUCUCGUACGUCUUAUUCUUCCUUCUUUAUUCAUUGGUAUUCAAAUAACCAUAUUCUGGCCCACAUUUCUACUCAAUAGUGUUAUUCCUCUGUCACUGUCUGACUGCCGGUCUCUCUCUCUCUCUCUCUCUCUCUGUCCGUGUGUCCGUCCGUUUUUCCUAUUGUCUUUUACCUUUAUAUCUAUCUAUCUAUCUAUCUAUCUAUCUAUCUAUCUAUCUAUCUAUUCCAGUCACUUCAUAUCAAUUUAA